CCCGCGCGGUGGUUUUGUUGUCUCCUCUCGAAGCCAAAGCCGAGAAGGAAAAAAAAAUGUCUGGAGCGAGAGGCAGGGCGGCCCGGAGCAGCGUGGCGGAGGGCGAGGAAGGAGCAGCGUUGUUGUGGUGGUCGUCGGCUGUUUGCGAGGCGCUGGGGGAGCGGUUACUUUGAGAGGAGGACCCCCCCACCCCCGACUCCGCGUCCAGGGUUUGCUUCGGAAAUUUACAAGCAGUCGAGGAGAGCAGAAUAAAGAAGGGAUAUUUCAGCUCUUGUAUCCGGGGGAGGGCCGGGCCGGGCCUGGCUGGGCUGGGCUUGUUUAUUGUGGACAGGCCGACAGCCACGGUGGGGCGGUGGGAGAAGCUGCUCGGGCCGAUUUCCGAGUGAAGAGGCUGAAGCGAUGCGGCUGUGAGAGGAAGGAGGGACACUCGCCACAUCCACUCUCUCCCUUUGUGUUGAUCACUUUCUUUACGGCGGCGAGAAAGCGAUUUGUGUUGAUUACGGCGAUUUGUGUUGGUUGCCAGGCCUCAGCCGCCGACGUCGUCAUGUGGGUUUAUUCGGAGUUCAUCCCUCCGCCCGAGUGUCCGGUUUUCGAGCCGAGUUGGGAGGAGUUCACAGACCCGCUGGCCUUCAUCAACAAGAUCCGGCCCAUUGCCGAGAGAACCGGCAUCUGUAAGAUCCGGCCGCCCAAGGACUGGCAGCCACCUUUUGCCUGUGAGGUGAAGAACUUUUGCUUCACACCAAGAAUCCAGAGGCUCAAUGAGCUGGAGGCACAGACCCGAGUCAAGCUGAACUUCCUCGAUCACAUGGCAAAAUUCUGGGAAUUGCAGGGAUCAACACUAAAAAUCCCACAUGUAGAGAGAAGAAUUCUGGAUUUGUAUACACUCAGUAAGGUGGUUGCAAGUGAAGGUGGAUUUGAAAUGCUGUGUAAGGAGAGGAAGUGGUCAAAGGUUGCCAGUCGAAUGGGUUAUCCCCAAGGAAAGGGUAUUGGCUCACUCUUACGCUCCCACUAUGAGAAAAUUCUGUAUCCAUAUGAGCUGUUUCAGACAGGAGUCAGUCUUUCGACUCUUGAAAACGCCUCCAUGCAGAUCUUUCCAAGCUCGGUGCGAACCUUGAGUCAGGGGGAUCGCAAUGAUGCCAAUAUCGGCAGAAACUCUGAAUUGAGGAAACUGAGGAUCUUUGGUGCUGGACCCAAAAUGGUGGGCCUGGGCCUCAGGACAAAGAACCGAGAGGAUGAAGAGUUUUCAGUUGGUGUGAAUGGACACAGGAAGAACCCAGAUGUAGAACUCCCACGCAUGCAAAUGAGGCAACGAAAAGGAGCCCUUGCUGUCAACUUUAUUGACCUGUAUGUUUGCCUAGUCUGUGCACGUGGGGAUGAUGAAGAUCGGUUGCUUUUAUGUGAUGGAUGUGAUGACAGUUACCAUACUUUCUGCCUCAUUCCUCCACUCCAUGAUGUGCCCAAAGGAGACUGGAGGUGCCCUAAGUGUGUGGCUGAGGCUUGCAGUAAGCCUCCAGAGGCAUUUGGCUUUGAGCAGGCGGUCAGGGAGUAUACGCUCCAGAGCUUUGGGGAGAUGGCAGAUAACUUCAAAUCUGAUUACUUCAACAUGCCAGUGCACAUGGUUCCAACGGAGUUGGUAGAGAAAGAAUUUUGGCGACUUGUGAGUAGUAUUGAGGAAGAUGUCAUUGUGGAGUAUGGUGCUGAUAUUACCUCAAAGGAAUUUGGGAGUGGAUUUCCAGUCAGAGAGAGCAAAAGAAGGUUGAUGCCUGACGAAGAGGAUUAUGCUGUUUCUGGUUGGAACUUGAACAACAUGCCUGUCCUGGAACAGUCCGUAUUGACUCACAUUAACGCAGACAUCUCUGGGAUGAAGGUGCCCUGGCUCUAUGUGGGCAUGUGCUUCUCUUCAUUUUGCUGGCAUAUUGAGGACCACUGGAGCUACUCUAUUAACUAUCUUCACUGGGGCGAGCCAAAAACUUGGUACGGGGUGCCAGGGUAUGCAGCAGAAGAGUUGGAGGUUGUAAUGAGAAAAUUGGCUCCAGAACUAUUUGAUUCUCAGCCCGAUCUUCUACAUCAACUCGUGACCAUCAUGAAUCCCAAUGUUCUAAUGGAACAUGGAGUUCCGGUAUUUCGUACAAAUCAGUGUGCUGGUGAAUUUGUGGUUACUUUCCCAAGAGCCUAUCACAGUGGAUUCAACCAGGGCUAUAACUUUGCAGAAGCAGUUAACUUCUGCACUGCAGAUUGGCUCCCCAUUGGUCGGCAGUGUGUCAGCCAUUAUCGACGUUUGCACCGAUACUGUGUCUUUUCACAUGAAGAACUGAUCUGCAAGAUGGCAGCUGAUCCAGAGGGCCUGGAUGUUGAGUUGGCUGCUGCCGUCUGCAAGGAGAUGGUCGUUAUGAUUGAGGAGGAGAGACGACUACGGGAGAUUGUCUUACAAAUGGAUAUAACUGAGUCUGAACAAGAAGCAUUUGAGCUAUUACCAGAUGAUGAGCGUCAGUGUGAAAAAUGCAAGACAACAUGCUUCCUUUCUGCUAUUACCUGUACCUGUGACCCUAAUAGGCUGGUGUGUUUGCACCAUGUAAAGGAUCUGUGUGACUGUCCAGUUCGGAACUACUGUCUCAGGUACCGUUACACAUUGGAGGAGCUCCCAUCACUGCUUUAUGGUGUGAAAUCACGAGCCCAGACGUAUGACACCUGGGCAAGCAAAGUGAGAGAGGCUUUGGAGGCAGAAUUUAAUCAUAAGAAAGAUCUUUGUGAGUUAAAAGCUCGAUUGGAAGAAGCAGAAGAAAAGAAAUAUCCUGAGAAUGACCUUUUGCGACAGCUCCGUUCCGCUGUGAAAGAGGCAGAAACAUGUGCAUCAAUAGCUCAGCUUCUUGUCAGCAGAAAACAGCGCAAUAGACAUAAGUCAGAAAGUGGGAAGACUCGGACAAAGCUGACUGUCCACGAAUUGAAGGCAUUUGUGCAUCAACUGUACAGCCUUCCUUGUGUUAUCAGCCAAGCACGACUUGUCAAGGAGCUGCUUGACAGUGUGGAAGAAUUCCAUGUGCGUGCUGAGGAGGCUCUGACUGAUGAGACUCCAGACUCGACCAAGUUACAAUCCUUGAUAGAGUUGGGCUCAGGGCUGGAUGUGGAGCUGCAGGAGCUUCCCAGACUCAAGCAAGAGCUUCAACAAGCUCGGUGGCUCGAUGAAGUUCACCUCACCCUCUCAGACCCUGACAAGGUCACUCUGGACGUGAUGAAAAAACUCAUAGAUUCUGGUAUCGGUCUGGCACCACAUCCUGCAGUUGAAAAGGCGAUGGCAGAUUUACAGGAGCUCUUAACUGUCUCUGAGCGUUGGGAGGAGAAGGCCAAAAUUUGUCUGCAAGCGAGGCCUCGGCAUAGCAUGGCGAUGCUGGACAGUAUUGUAAAUGAGGCAAAGAAAAUUCCCGCCUAUCUGCCUAAUGUGCUUGCGCUUAAGGAAGCCCUAUUGAAAGCCAAAGACUGGACUGCCAAAGUAGAAGCUAUUCAGAAUGGUUCUUUCAUUGCUUACCUGGACCAGUUGGAAAGUCUCUUGUCAAGAGGCCGUCCGAUCUCAGUUCGGCUUGAUCCACUGCCACAGGUGGAGUCCCAAGUAACGGCCGCUCGAGCCUGGAGAGAACGUACUGCCAGGACCUUCCUGAAGAAGAACUCCACUUAUACGCUGUUGCAGGUACUGAGCCCCAGAAUAGAUAUUGGAGUUUAUGGGAGUGGAAAGAGUAAACGGAAAAAAAUGAAGGAAAUGAUGAUGGAGCGAGACAAAGAACUGGAUUUGGAGAGCUUGAGUGAUCUAGAGGAGAUAGCUGAAGAAUCCAGUGAUCCAAACACAGUUAUUGCUGCCUUCCGAACAAUGGAACGGAAAGAGUGUGAAGCCAUGCGUGCUCUGAGGGCAGUAAACCUGGCUAAAAUGGCAAUGGUGGACAGGAUUGAAGAGGUGAAAUUCUGUGUGUGUCGCAAGACAGCCAGUGGCUUUAUGCUCCAGUGUGAGCUGUGCAAAGAUUGGUUUCACAGCUCUUGCGUACCUUUGCCGAAAGCUGGGACACAGAAAAAGGGUCUUGUUUGGCAGACGAAGGAGGUGAAAUUCCUGUGCCCACUGUGCAUGCGUUCUCGAAGGCCACGACUUGAAACAAUUCUCUCACUCCUGGUGUCCCUUCAGAAGCUUCCUGUACGUCUUCCUGAGGGAGAAGCUCUGCAGUGUCUGACAGAGAGAGCCAUGGGCUGGCAGGACCGUGCCAGGCAAGCCCUGGCCACAGAUGAACUGUCUUCUGCACUUGCCAAGCUCUCUGUGCUGAGUCAACGCAUGGUGGAACAAGCAGCGAGGGAGAAAACAGAGAAAAUUAUUAGUGCUGAGCUUCAGAAGGCAGCAGCCAACCCAGAUUUGCAGGAACAUUUGCAGAGUGUCCAGCAGUCUGCCUUCAGCAGGGGGUUAGGGAGUUUGGUAAACUCUCCGAAGAAAUCUCUUGAAUUGGAUGAUGAGGAAACCGAUUCCGAUGAUGAUCUCAGAGAAGCAUAUCAAUAUGAGAAAAAAGAUGGUGCGAGCAGUGUCUCUUCUGGAAGUUUGGAGCCAAAUCUGUUCUGUGAUGAAGAAAUACCAAUAAAAGCAGAGGAAGUGGUGUCGCAUGUAUGGCCAGCUGCUCCUUCAUUCUGUACAGAGCAUGCCUAUUCCUCAGCCUCAAAAUCCUGCUCACAAGGUUCAGGACCUCCCCGUAAACAACCACGAAAGACUCCUUUGGUUCCCCGGAGCUUGGAACCCCCUGUACUGGAGCUAUCUCCCAAUGCAAAGGUUCAGCUGGAGGAACUGAUGAUGGCAGGAGAUCUUCUAGAAGUAUCCCUGGAUGAGACUCAACACAUCUGGAGAAUACUCCAGGCCACACAUCCACCCGCAGAGGAUAGGUUCCUGCAGAUAUUUGAGGAUGAUGGCCUAGAGGAGAAGUCUGUCAAGACUAAAGUGAAGGAUUCUUCUGAGAAAAAGAGAAAGAGGAAACUAGAAAAAUCAGAACUGUUCUUUGGGGAGGGGAAGCAAAAGUUCAAAGAACUGAAAAAGCUUGACAAGCCGAAAAAGAAGAAGCUAAAACUGAACUCUGAAAAGAUGAAAGAACCAGGCAAACUAGUGAAGAAGCUUGUGAAAGAGGAAAAAGAGAAGAAAAAGAAAGAGAAAGAAAAAUCCAAAGAUAUUGCUGAGAAAAUUGUAGAAAAGAAGAAAGAGAAGAAAGUUAUUUUGCCAUCCAAGGAGGACUGGUCUGGAGCAGAGGAUUCUGAGGAUGAGAAUGCCGUUUGUGCUGCAAUAAACUGUCAAAGACCCUGUGGAGAGGAGGUUGACUGGGUGCAGUGUGAUGGAGGCUGUGAUGAGUGGUUCCAUCAAGUCUGCGUGGGUGUUUCGUCUGAAAUGGCAGAAAAUGAAGAUUACAUCUGCAUUAACUGCACCAAGCGAGUCGCUCAGGGCAUUGGAAAAGCUGCACAAGUACUGCAUCUCGUACCACAGUCUGGUAGAUCUUUCUCAGAGGAUUCAAAAGAAAGCAGCUAGUCUUGCAUUGCUGGCUUUGAUGGAAAGUACUGUCAAUCUAUCAGCUUAAACAGGAGCAGUGUUGGGGUUAAAUUUGACAGUACUAUGUAAGAAGUCUAUUACAUCUUUGCCUCACCCUGCAUUUUUAAGACUGAUGUACAAAUUGCACAGUUAAGAGUAGGGAUGUGCAGAUAUAGGGCCAGGGAGUUUCUCCGAAGUUCUGCAAAAGAGACAAAAGUAAUCCCCUCAGAAUGGUGUUGGCAUCAACAGUGAAUGGGUUUGAAGGAUAUGCAACAGCAUUUAUCAUCGAUGCAUCCCUCUCGGAGCUAUGUUUUUUCUUUUCUGCCCUAAUGCAUCAAGUCAGAAGCACAGAAGCAUCCUCACUUAAAAAAAAGUUUGAUUCCCUGCUGGUCUAGCCCUCAGCUCAAAGCUUAUUAUUUAAAUCUUUCCUCCUAUAUUCUUUUACAGUCUGAAUUUGAAAUGCGGUUAAAAGUUUUUAAAAAAUGAGUAAGAUCUGAUUGAUGAUUUAGCAGAACAGCAGUCAGCAUUUUUGUGACUCCUGUGUCAAGAAUCCUCCUGUUAAUGGCCAGCACUUGGUGUUCUCAUCUUGCAGUGGAGAUGAUGGGGAAGAGUUAAGAUGAAAUCACACUGGGAGAAAGUAACUGGCAGGAUGUGACCUGUCAGUCAAAGUUUGAUCAAUGUGACACCUUGGUUUGUCACUGUUAAGAGUCUCGCCACCUGCUAGAGAACUUGCCCACCUUUCCAACACUGCAGUUGGGUCUACACAUUGGUUCUCAUGACCUAAAUACUGAUGUGUUUUGAUUCAGGCUUGAAUAUGUCAAUUUUUGUCAGUCACUAAUGUGAAUUUUCAGGUCUUUCUCAACUGGUCUUUGAACAGUUUCACCAAGAAAUUCAUGUUGUGGACUCUUUAAAGACACAGCAUUACCUCAUAAUAUACAGCAGUGCAUUUCAACGUGCAUUCACAUCAGUUAAUCAUUUCCAAAUAUUUUAAACCUGUUGCUUCUUUUGGUUUAAAGAUGUUUUUAAAAUGUAUUGAGACUUGCUUACACCUUUUUGUUGAACCUUUAGUUUUCUGAAACAUUUUCAAUGUCUUUCAAGUCUUCAACUGAAGAGUUGAGUUUAAAAAUGCAGGAGUGUCUGUCAGGUGUUAUCAGAUUUUCCAUCAAUAACUUUACUAUGUCUUUGUUGAGAUUGGAUUGACCUUUCUCCACUUCGUGGAGUCUGCCUUGGAUUGAGCAAAGAACAAUUUGACUGCACAGCACGAUAGCAUUUCUUUACAGACUUUCCUUGUUGAACAAGGGAACAGUAAUACCUCUUAAUAGCGUGCACAGAUGAGAUGACAUCUUAUGGAGUAUAUGCACCAAUUAUGCCUUGGGACCUAGCCGAAACAACAGGGAAAAAAUCUUCUUCUUUGUCCAGUUGUAUGUAUUUAUGCAGAUUUUGCUGUAAGAUAUUAGGCUUUUUAGACUUUUUGUAGAUUUUUUUCUGGUCUAUUUAUCACUUAUUUUGUUUUUUUUAAAGCAAACUCAGUGGGGAGGAGAUAAAGAGCUAUUGUGUAUGUAAUGUGUUUCCGGCUGUAGUCUCUGUACCCGAGUCAAGGGUUAUCGAUUGUAGCAAGUUAAAACGCCCUAAUACAGCAACCAUAAUGACUGGUGUUUUUCCUAUUUAUUUGUGUGUUUUAUUUGCAUGUACAUUCGAGGAAAGGAGAAAUGGACAUACUUCCCACCUCUGUUCAAAGCAAAGAUUUUGAAGAGGAGUUGAAACUGUUGGGGUAUAUAAGGGGAGUUGUUUAAUCUUUGUUUUGUUAAAACAAAACUCCAUUCUACAAAAUCUAGAGACGACAUGUCACAAGUUUUAAUCCCAGAGAGCAGCUGAAUUCAGAUGCUGCCACAAUUGAGCUCAGUUCCCUCUGGACUGGAGAAGGGAAAAUCAGGUAAGGCUUCCCUUCUUGAGUGGUAUUCACUCUGCUGGAAGCUACACUUGUGGGGCAUCAUAUGAUGGGAGGAUCAGACUGGAUUAUGUUCCCCUCCAUCUCUAAGUAGCCAUCUGGCACUCAUUGUCUGGACUAAAUGUCUGUUAUAAACAGGAUAAGAAUCUCAAAAUAAGCUUUGGAUUCUCAGGUCAUGCUGUAGCUGAUCCCGAAAAAUUGGCAAAAAAUAAAUAUUAUUCAUACAAUGUUAUUCUUCCAAUAGAUGAACAAGUUCAUUUUCAGAAGCAUCCACCCAUUGUAGGAUCAGGAAUUUCAAAAGAUAUUCCGAGAUUUUGAGAAUGGACAUGGUGCCAAACACAGCUCCACCAUGCUGUUUACAUAAACCUGGGCUCCCAUGUUUUGUUAAUUUUUGCCCUGUUGUAAGAAAAUCAGAAUUUAUGGUUCAUGAACAACAAAAAAUUCUUGGAAGGAAGAUAUUCCAUGAAUGUAGAAAAUCUUAAGUUUAAACCUGUAAAUUACCCCAAGACUUUGCUGUUUUGUAUGGGUAAAAUUGAUGCCUUGUCUCUUAUGAACAGGCUAAGACUCAAAAUAAGUUGAAACUGAUCUCGAAAAACACAUAUAUGGACAAUAUCAACAGCUUUGUGAAAGGCUAAAACAAAAACAAAACCUGUGACCAUAGACCUAACUGUCCUCUCCACAGAUUAUGUCCACUGGUCACCAUUUAUGAUGCUGACCAAUCCUUUUAUUCGAACAGUCAUACAGAUAGAAUAACAGUUCACGUCCAUUUGGACACCCAAUCCAAACAAAUUCUCCUUGCCAUUACAGAUUCAGUAUCAAACUGUUGGAGGUACUUUGUUGAAUACUUACUUCCAUUUUUGUUUAGCACUUCAAACAAUAAUACUUUGCUUCCUUUCCUUUCGUCCAUAUAGAACCUAUGUCCAAGACUUGCCCUUGGUUCCUUGACAUUAAUGCUGAAGCAACAUUUUAUCUUUCAAAAUAAAAAACUUAAUGAA